UCGGGUGACGCCCUGGCGCACGCCGCCGCCGUGGGAGCCGCCGCCCCGCUCAUCCCGCUGUGCCAGGUGUUUGCGCGCGUGUCACCCGACCAGAAGGAGCUGGUGGUGAAGACGCUGCGGGGCACGGGCGCGGUGACGCUGAUGUGCGGGGACGGCACCAACGACGUGGGCGGACUCAAGGCGGCCCAUGUGGGGGUGGCGCUGCUGAGUGCCAGCGAGAGCGCCGCAUCCAAGCAGCGCGGCAAGAAGGGCGCCAAGAAGGCGGGGGGCGCGGGGGCAGGCGAGGCGGGGAGCUCGGCAGCCGGUGGACCAGCAGCAGCAGCAGCGGGGGCGGGGGCGCCCGGCGGCAAGCUGCCCGCGGGUCAGGAGAUGCUUGCCAAGCUGCGCGCCUCCAACCGGCCCAUCACCCCGGCCGCCGAGCGCAUGGCCGCCUACCUGGAUCGCAUGGAGGCUGCGGGCGCCGCCGCGGGGGGCCCGGGGGGGCUGGAGGGGGAGGUGCCCAUGCUGAAGCCGGGGGACGCGUCCAUGGCCUCGCCCUUCACGGCCAAGGCGGUUUCGGUGCAGCCGUGCACGGACAUUAUCAAGCAGGGCAGGUGCACGCUGGUCACCACGGUGCAGAUGUUCAAGAUCCUGGGCCUCACCUGCCUCUCCACCGCCUACAGCCUCUCGGUGCUGUACCUGCAGGGCGUGAAGCUGAGCGACACGCAGGCCACUGUGAGCGGCAUGCUGUCCGCCGCGCAGUUCCUGUUCAUCAGCCAGGCCAAGCCACUGGACAGCCUCAGCCCCGUGCGCCCGCACCCCUCCAUCUUCAACGCCUACUUCUUCGGAUCGCUGCUGGGGCAGUUCGCCGUGCACCUGGGCCUGCUGAUCUACUUUUACCGUAUGGCUCUGGCCGCCAUGCCCUCCGGCGAGCGGCUGAGCUCGGAGGCGGAGUUCAAGCCCAACCUUGUCAACACGGUGUGCUACCUGGUGCAGGCGGUGGUGCAGAUGAUGACCUUUGCCGUCAACUACGUGGGGCACCCCUUCAACACCUCCAUCGCGGAGAACCGCGGCCUCUUCAACAGCCUGCGCAUCUCCGCCGCCUUCCUGUUCGUGGUGGCAACGGAGCUGAUGCCCAGCAUCAACGCCUCGUUCGGCAUGGUGGAGAUCCCGGAUAACAUCAAGUUCCAGCUGGUGGUGCUCUCCUGCGUCGCCUUCCUCUUCACAUGGCACCUGGAGCGGCUGCUGCGGGCACUGUUCCCCGCACCCGUGCCGCCGCCCAAGGGCUACAUGGUCUACCAGGCCGACCUGCAGCGGCUGCAGCGGCGACAGCUGGAGGGAAGCAAGAAGCGGGAUUGAUGUGGCUGAGGCUGAGGGGGAUGGGAGGGGAGGCUGGAGGUGGAGUGCGGUUGUUUCGCUGUGGUUAUGGAUGGACUACAAUUGCAGCGGCAGAAGAGGAAGAGUGCAGAAGCAGCAGGUGGUGCUGCUAGGUGUAGGGAAACGCGGGAGUGAUGGGCCGGAGGGUUAAUGGGUGGCUAGUGAUGGGGCUUUCACUUUAGGAGUGGGGUGCGGGUGGGGGGUGGUAAUCUAUCUUCUGCUGCAGCCGUGUGAAACGCUGCUCGGUUGCUUUGUGCGCUAACUCGGGUGUUAAUGUCGCUCACGUAACUUAGCGAAGGAUGGAGGACGGGGUGAAGUGGAGUGGCAUCAGGAUGUGAGGCAUGGGUGAGGGGGACGGAUGGCAGCAGCCUCAGCAGCAGGUGGCAGGCUCCCACAACCGCCGCUGCUGCGGGUAGGUGCAGGUAGGUGCGUUCGUGCAGUGAGACGCAUGUUGGGGCAGCCCUCUUGCCGGGCCUUGAGGAAGGUGGGCUACAAGGAAAGGGUAUGUUCGGGAUUGUGGACCUGUAUGUGACAAGAGAUGGCGGUAGAGCGGUUGAGGUCUUUACACAGGGGGAGAACGGGGCAUGUGAGGCCAAGAUGGAGGAGGUUAACGCAGGCAAGGAAAUGCCCUGUUAAGACUCUGCUACCGGACCGGCUUUGCUACCUGUCGGCUUGCGUAUAACAAAACGAGGCAGCCGUCAAUUGCGCCCUACAGCGCCAUGUAAGGGCAUGAGGGAAG